GGAGACUUGGCUGAGUGUGUUUAUUCAGUCCUGGGUUGGGGAAGUGAGAAGGGAGUGGGCUAAGGAAGAAGUCUGGGUUUAAAAGCACAUGCAUGGACCACAAGGUGGUAAUCAUUUUUCUGAAGACCAAACUCCAGGGCACUUCUCCAAGAGAAGGAAACCCUGGGAGGGAAGAACUUGUUCAACAAGAAGAAACAAGAAUCUUUAAAGCUACUUAAGUUUGUAGUAGGAAAAAUGAAGCUGACUCUGGUACAAAUAUUUUUUGUGUUGUUGCUGCUGUUGCUGGGCUUGGGGAUGGGCCUGGGGUUGGGGCUUCGGAUGGCUGCAGCAGUCCUGGAAGACAGUGAUGAAUCACUGAGUGAAUUUUGGUCCAGUGACUCACAGGACAAGGACAAGGCUACUAAGGAGGCAGAAGGCACCCGGACAACAGAAACCCUGCUGCUUAGCAACAAAGGGGUGGUACAGCCUGGCUGGCCAGAAGACACCAUCCUCAAUGAAGAUGAAGUUGGAGGAAACAAGAUGCUCAGAGCGGAGGCUCUCUUUCAGAGCAACAAAGACUAUCCCAGGCUUGAUCUGAUGGCCCGGGAAUGCAAUGCCUUGAUGGCACACAAGAUGAAGGAACACAAUCACACAUGCAUAACCCAGUACACGUUCAUCCAUGAGGAGCUGGAUACAGUCAGAGCUGUCUGUAAUGGUCCUGUUGUUGCCUGUGAGCUCCAGGGAGGCCAGUGUCACAAAAGCUCCCGUCCUUUUGAUUUGACACUUUGCAAGUUAUCCCAACCAGGCCAACUCACUCCUCACUGCAACUACCUAACUUUCAUUUUUGAAAAGUUCAUUAUUAUAUCCUGUAAUGACAUGAAGCUCCAGGAAUCAUCUGGAAAAUGAAACAACUUUCCUCUUCUUUUUCUUCACCUUCUCCUCUUCCUCUUUCUUAUAAUGUUUUCUUCCUCCUGGGUUUUCUAAAAAAAUGUUUCUGGGAAGAGAGGCUGAUUUAUUCUUUAUCAUUCCCCCAUGAAAAUACAAUUCUUCUUUGCCCAAGGGUUCCCCUAACUUGCAUUUUGUUCCAGUUAUUAGAAGUGGCAGAAGAGGUUAAUGAUAUCUAGAUUCUCUAGGUUCUUCCUCUCUCAGAUCCUAUCUCCUGCCCUGGAAAAUUAGUGCAGAACUGCUCUAGGCUCUCCCAUGGCCCUGGUCAUUAGUCUGUUCUCUGGUCUGUUUGUCUUUGUCUGUGGACUAUAAAAGGAAUGCAUCCUUCACCCACAUCCUUUCCUGCUACCCACCCUGAGCCUUUAGGACAGUAAACCUCCUGGACUUUCCACAUAACACUUCUCUGCUGCGGAUGCAAAUUAAAGUAAUUAA